GUACACACUAGAUUAGCAUCGAGGACUAGGAGUAGCUGCUGCCACUGCCAUGACAUCUCUCCUAUAUGUAGGCACCGCAGGAGUAUAUACAGGCAGAGAGGCAGCAGCCAUGACCAUGAACACUACAAGGAAGGAGUAGAUAGCUAGGAAUUAAUUAAUUAAGCUAAGGAUGAUGAAGAGGUUCUACUCGUCGAUCGGGCAGGGGGUGGAGGCGCUGCACCGGAGUCUGGCGGUCGGCGAAGUGGGGUUCAUGUCGGCGGCGUUCGUGCAGCAGGCUGCGGCGCUGGUGCGGUCGGUGCACGCGCAGCUGCUGGAGGUGGUGGGGAGGCUGCACCUGCCGGCGGGGGAGAGGUGGCUGGACGAGUACAUGGACGAGACCUCCCGCCUGUGGGACGCCUGCCUCCUCGUCCGCGCCGGCGCCUCCGCCCUCCACGCCUACUCCGCCGCCGCCGCCCACGCCAUCCACCACCUCUACGACCAUGACGACGACUACAUCCACGCCGCCCGCGCCAUCAACGCCCCUCGCCGCCACGCCGCCGGCCUCCUCCAGGACAACCGCGCCCUCCUCCACGACAACAUCCUCGACCCGGCCUCCCUCCUCCUCCUCGACCACCGCUCCCCGAGGGACCUCAACCUCAACGCCUUCAACGGCUUCCGCGCCCUCCUCUACGCCCUCCGCAACGCCACCUCCUUCCUCCUCGCCAUCCUCCUCUCUGCCACCGUCUCCUCCUGCCUCCCCGACCACCUCAUCUCCACCUGCACUCCCCUUCCCCUGCCCACCGCACCCGGCUACGCCUCCUCCAUGGCUCGCCUCCGCCACCGCGUCGCCCAGGAGAUGCGCGCCCUCGCCGCCCCCGCCGCCGACGGCAUCCUGAUGUACGAGUUCCGCCAGGCCAGGGCCGCCAUCGACAGCCUCAAGGCCGACCUCGACAGGGUCGUCGCCACCGGCACCGGCUACGCCCACCGGGAGGACAUGGCCGAGAGGGCCCACCUCGUCAAAGGCUGCCUCGCCAUGCUCAGCUCCGGCGCCGAGGCCGUCAUCGCCGAGCUCGACGACUUGUUCGAUGACAUUGUCGAGGGCAGGAAGAUGCUCUCCGACCUCUGCAGCCAUCGCUGAUCCAAAGUCUAAUCCAGACAUCCACUGUAUGAUUAUUAAUUAUUGCCACAAACAGAUUAUUAACAUCAUGCAUGCAUAUUACUAAUAUAAUUAAUGCAUGGUAGAUAGUCGCAUUAGCACAAGAUGCAUGGAUGAGUUUGCUACUAGUAAUUAACAAAUGAGAAUUA